CUCCUGCGCUCUCCCCUCCCUCCCUGCCGCCCUCCCUCCGCCCGCUCUCCCGCUCCUCUCCAGCUAGAGAGGCUCCCCCAGCAGUUCCCAGCCAGUGUGUUCUGCCUGCCUGCCUGCCUGCUCUGUGUGUGUGUGCGUGUGUGUGUGGGAGCGUGUGUGCGUGCGCCUACUUUGUACCGUGAGGAACACAGAGCCCAUGUGCCCUGCAUGGACGUUUCUGACACUCUGUUGAGCUUGAUUUCCGACACACAGGCAAGAUGUCCAGCACGCCACAUGACCCCUUCUAUUCUUCUCCUUUCGGCCCAUUUUAUAGGCGACAUACACCCUACAUGGUGCAGCCAGAGUACCGAAUCUAUGAGAUGAACAAGAGACUGCAGUCUCGAACAGAGGACAGUGACAACCUCUGGUGGGAUGCGUUUGCCACGGAAUUUUUUGAAGAUGACGCCACAUUAACCCUUUCAUUUUGUUUGGAAGAUGGACCAAAGCGAUACACUAUCGGCAGGACCCUCAUCCCCCGUUACUUUAGCACUGUGUUUGAAGGAGGGGUGACCGACCUGUAUUACAUUCUCAAGCACUCGAAAGAGUCAUACCACAACUCAUCCAUCACAGUGGACUGCGACCAGUGUGCCAUGGUCACCCAGCACGGGAAGCCCAUGUUUACCAAGGUGUGUACAGAAGGCAGACUGAUCUUGGAAUUCACCUUUGAUGACCUCAUGAGAAUAAAAACAUGGCACUUCACCAUUAGACAGUACAGAGAGUUAGUCCCGCGAAGCAUUCUAGCCAUGCACGCACAAGAUCCUCAGGUCCUGGAUCAGCUGUCCAAAAAUAUCACCAGGAUGGGGCUAACAAACUUCACCCUCAACUACCUCAGGUUGUGUGUAAUACUGGAGCCAAUGCAGGAACUGAUGUCCAGACACAAAACCUACAACCUCAGUCCCCGCGACUGCCUCAAGACCUGCUUGUUUCAGAAGUGGCAGCGGAUGGUGGCCCCGCCAGCAGAACCCACACGGCAACCAACAACCAAACGGAGAAAAAGGAAAAACUCCACCAGCAGCACAUCCAACAGCAGCGCCGGGAACACGGCCAAUAGUACCGGCAGCAAGAAGAAAACCCCAGCGGCAAACCUGAGUCUGUCCAGUCAGGUACCUGAUGUGAUGGUGGUAGGAGAGCCAACUCUGAUGGGAGGUGAGUUUGGGGACGAGGACGAAAGGCUAAUCACUAGAUUAGAAAACACGCAAUAUGAUGCAGCCAACGGCCUGGACGACGAGGAGGACUUCAACAAUUCACCCGCCCUGGGGAACAACAGCCCGUGGAACAAUAAACCUCCCGCCGCUCAAGAGACCAAAUCAGAAAACCCCCCACCCCAGGCUUCCCAAUAAGACCAUCGGUCAUUCGGUCGGCACCAGAACCCACUAACCAUAGGCCCGUGGGGUGUGCUCCCAAUAUCGCAGAUCUUUACUUACAGGAGAGGAAAGAGGAGAGAUUAAAAACUUUUCCAAGCAAAUACUUAUUUCUAAACCACAAUGAUCUGACUUUCUUUCCUUUUUUUUUUUUUUUUCUUUUUAAUUGAGAGGAGCGUUCCAAAUAAGCUUCCAUGACCCUUCUUUGGAGGCCUUGACAGGUAA